GAUCUCACCAAAACAAAACGCCACCAGAAAAGAGACUCCGAGAGAAAACUCGAGGGAAAAAAUAAUAUCAAUGGCGUCUAGGGUUUCACUUAAGAGCAAGGGCAAGGGUAGCGGCAAGGGGUCUAAGGCCUCGACGGAGGAAAAAUCCACGGCGCAGAGUCUGAAGGAGUGGAGCACGUGGGCCGUGAAGAAGGCCAAGGUCAUCACCCACUACGGCUUCAUUCCUCUGAUCAUUAUCAUUGGCAUGAACUCGGAGCCCAAACCUCAACUUUCUCAGCUCCUCAGCCCCGUCUGAUCUUAAACCUCCGUCUUAUGCAAUACCCAGAUCCAGAUUUGGGCUCGUCUUUCGUGGGUCGGUGCCUAUUUGUUGAAUCUACGUUGGUUGAGUUCGGUUUUUAUGUUAUGUUUGCAGUUUAUGUUUGUUUAUUUGCGCUUGGAUAGCGGAAAAAGUCUAGGGAAUAGAAAAUAAAAGCUAGUGUUGAAUUUUGAAUCAUUAUUAUACUGACUUUUCGAUGUUUCCUGAUGUGGUUUUAACGGUUAAUAUCUGCCUCUAAAUUCUAAUUUUCGAUUAUGUUUAUAAUUUACUAGAUAAAGUAACUUUUUAUGGUCAA